CUGCGAGGCGAGGUAGCAACGUACGUCAUGGAAGAGCUUCUCUUCAAGAUUCUCCGAUCGAUUUACAUAUUGUUGCCGUUCAUUUCGAAAUGCCCGUCGGGGAUUCACAAUCCGUUCUGCGUUGCGGAUUAUGCAACAAACCAUUUGACAAGCAGUCCACAUUAAAGCGACAUGGAUAUUAUUGUCGUUCUCGACAGAUUGGGAGUGCUCCCCGCCUUCGCGCUUGUGCUUCUUGUGUAAAGGGAAAGACUCGUUGCGAUACCAAGCGGCCAACUUGUUCCAGAUGCAGCACCAAGGGUAUCGAGUGUCGCUAUUCGGCAAGCUCGCGCCAGUCAACGGAAGCAAGGAUUCAAAAGAUUGCCAACGUAUCAACUGGACGAAGGAAUGCGAUACCUUCGCCUCCAGAAAGUGAUGUCUUCGCCGAAAGCUCCCUGGCAACCAACAGCGAUGUCGACGCAAUCAUUGAUAGCGUGCUUGUACCGUCAGAUCUCGUCUCCACGAAUUUCGGCGACGCUUCUAUCGAUGACAUCAACCAGGAUUUAGGAUUUUCCAGCUUCUUGGGUCUCGAAGGGCAUCGAAAUGAUAUUCAAACUCCCUUGUCGGGGUGGUACCCUGUCGAAGGACAGCAAACAACCUCGUACUUCAACCUAUCAAUACCAGCACAGGUGACUUCCAACCCUCGAUCACUCGUAAAGCGAGUGAGAUUCAAAAUUGGAGGGGAAGGUACCGCAGCUUUGAUAUUGCAUACGCUGAAGUCAUACCUCCGGAUGAUGAUGCACCACCAUACACUCCCGCCCUUCAUCCAUCCACGUACGAUAUCUCCCGACUUCGAUCAAGGCAAUACAGAGCCACUCGUGAAUUGCGUCAGCUUGGUUCAUAUGAUUGGAAGGAAAGUCAGGGGAAGUCGAAAGCUGUUUUGGAAGAAUGUGAGGCUGGAGUGCGAGCGCUUGCUUUCAGACCAUCUGUCGUUGAGCAAGUGGGAACUUCUCACUGCUAUGCAAGCCGUCUGCAUUUAUAUCCUGGUUCGACUGGAUGAAGGUCCGACUGAGGAGAAUGAUUUCGAUUCUUUGUUGCUUGCAGCAGUAUUUGCAAUGUCUAAACAGCUGCAGUGCUACGAUAUUGUACGUAAAUCGCAAUCGGCAAGCCGCGCGGAUAGUCUUGAUCAAAAAUGGGAAGAUUGGAUUUUCGAAGAGUCGGAGCGAAGGCUAUGCGCAAUAUGCCGGAUCGUGAAUUUACUCGUUUAUUUCGAACCAGCGUCCAUGUGCGAUAUGUCCUCGGUAUUUGUGGUAGCCCCAUUGCCAGCCCCGAAAGGACUAUGGGAGGCAAACGAUGGGCUGUCAUGGCAUGUGGAAAGCAAAAAUGCUGACAGAAUCAAGCCUGCCUUUGGCUUGACCAAAAAUGGUCAGGUAGUUAAGCUGGGCGGGCUGGAGCCAAACCGUAUGCAUACUUUACCGGGGUCUUUUAGUUUAAAUGUCUCUCAAUCGGAGAGCGCUGAGAAUUGGGAGGAAUGGUGCUCUGGCAUGGAUGGCCUUGGUGGGAUUAUUAUGCUUGCUGCGUCUUUGGUAGUUUAGGCUGAUAUUAAACCAAAUGAAAUAAGUCCCCUCUCAGAUGCGAUUGGAGGCGGUUAGUCCAGCCCUUAUGAUAGAAACGGCCUCACUCCAGUAUUAUCGAGGCCUAUGUGCUCAUCGAUGAUAAAAGUACAUCGAAUACUUGGACGACCUCUUCUCUUUCCUCCUUUGAUAGUUGCAUUCGUUCAGUGAGAGCAUAUCCCUCUCGAAGCCGUGCAGCAACGAUAGCUUUGGGUGUCUUCGUCCUAAAGGCUGAUUCGAUGCUUUUUGAGAUACCAUGGAACGGAUAGGCCACGAGUCCG